AUGGCACCGUCAUACCCCCAAACGGGGAAGCUUGCAUCUGCAGUGAGAACAAAGGGUGGCUUUGUUAAAAAGCCGCAAUCUCCCAAUUUGGGAGAUAACCUAAACACUGCGUCAUCAGAUGAUGACAAAGACCUGCCACAUAUUGGUAGGACCUCAGGGACAAACCCUGAGGAUCCCAAAAACUUACAUGGGGGAACAAUACCCUUAGAACCCAUGUGCCAACAUGAUCUCUCUGUCAUAUCCAUCCCCGGCCAUCGACUUCCAUUCCCUCCGAUCCCUCUGGUCUACCUCUGCUCCUUCCUCACUAACCUCGGAGCUCCCGUAUUCCGCAAUCCUCUCGGUACCCCUCGAUGGUCACCACCCCCUCCUUUCAAUUUAUUACCAAUGCCUCCCUAA